CCCAUGCCUGUAGUAAACCAGAGCAGUAAAGCUCUCAACUAGACAUGGCGGCGGAUCCUAAGCCGGACUGGCUCUCUUGCCUUCCCUCUUCUUGGAGUUAUGGGGUGACUCGGGAUGGACGCAUAUUCUUCAUCAACGAAGAAGCAAAGAGUACAACCUGGUUGCAUCCAGUUACAGGAGAAGCUGUCAUCACGGGGCACAGAAAAACCCCAGAUUUACCAACAGGAUGGGAGGAAGGAUAUACAUUCGAGGGAGCUCGCUGCUUCAUCAACCACAAUGAGCGAAAGGUGACCUGUAAGCACCCAGUGUUAGGGGUCCCCUCACAAGACAACUGCAUCUUUGUGAUCAAUGAACAUGUGAGUUAUGGAAAACUUGUUCACCCUGACAAACCUCUAGAGGCUCUCACCAGACCAGCUCCCAAGGCUUUGUCAGAGCAGGGAAGCAGCACUGACAAGAAGGAGCGACCCAUGAGCACCAUGAGUGAAGCUUCAAACUACACAGGUGGCUCUGAUUACAGCACCUUCCCCGGCAGCCCAGCCACCACAGUCACUACUGCCACCACCACUUCCACCUCAUCUACACGGCCUUCAAGGUCUUCCAAAAAAGUCCACAACUUUGGCAAGAGGUCCAACUCAAUCAAGAGGAACCCCAACGCUCCAGUGGUGAAGAGCAGCUGGCUUUACAAACAGGACAGUACAGGCAUGAAGCUGUGGAAGAAGAGGUGGUUUGUUCUGUCAGACAUGUGCCUCUUCUAUUACCGCGAUGAAAAAGAAGAUAGCAUCCUGGGAAGCAUCCUGUUGCCCAGCUUUCACAUCUCCAUGUUGUCGGUGGAUGACCACAUCAGCAGGAAAUAUGCCUUCAAAGCCACUCAUCCCAACAUGCGAACAUAUUAUUUCUGCACUGACACAGCCAAAGAGAUGGAGUCCUGGAUGAAAGUCAUGACGGAUGCUGCUCUUGUCCACACUGAACCAGUCAGAAGGUUGGACAAGUUGAAAGUAGACCAACAGGCACCUCAAGAGUUGAACAACUUGCUGAACCACAGAGUCCUCACAAGGCCUGAGAUCCAGAACAAUGAACGCAAUCGAGAACCUGUGAGACAUCAUUGCCUAUCGCGGGUUGAUGACAAACGGCAAAAAGAUGUCGAGAAACACAAUGGCCAGAGGGAGCAAGAGUACUACACUUUACAGAGAGAUGGAGAGAAGUAUUCACUGAAGAAAGACGGCGUGAGCUACAUGCUGCAGAAAGAUGGAGAAAGGUAUCUCCUGCACAAGGAUGGAGAGAAGUACCUCUUGCGAAAGGAUGGGGAGAAAUACUCACUGCAGAAAGAUGGAGAAGUAUAUACAAUUCACAGAGAUCUGGAGAAGUAUGGUGUUCAGAAGAUGGAUGAUAAACACAUAGUGACACCAGCAGAGGAGAAAUAUGCACCUUCCAAAGAUGCAGAAAAGUAUCUGCUCACAAAAGAUGGAGAAAAGUAUGCACUGCAAAAAGUGGGUGACCGGCACACACUCCAGAAAGAUGGACAGAAACAUGUUCCUCAGAAGGAGGUUAAGAGACAGCUGUCGUUAAAGGAGACAGAAAGGUUUAGCACAAUGAGGGAGAAGGACAAUAAAUAUGGUACUAUACAAGUUUUGGACAAAUACGGCACUCUAAAAGCAGUGAAGAAAUACAGCACGUUACGAGAGGGGGAUAAAUACGCUACUCUGAGGGAUGCAGAGAAGUAUGCUGCAGUUCAUGAUGGGGAUAAAUAUGGCUUUCAGAGAGACCCAAGUGCUGAGAGGUCUCUAACUAAAAUUAGCAGCAUCAAGCUACAGCCAGCUCAGGCUGCUGCCAUUGCAGCUGCAGUGUCUGCAUCUCGCCAGAACCAGGCCAACCUCAAUGCCCAGAAACCUGCACAAGUCAGUGGCUCAGGGUCUGGAGCCGGAGAGCAGCAUAGGGAUUGCAGCCCCACAGAGGUGGAUGGCAGCCUGGCCAGGGUUCCUGUAAAGUCUCCAGUUCUAGUCCAGGAUCCAGAAAGGGGCUUGUCCAGGACCAACUCCAUACAGCAGUUGGAACAUUGGAUCCAUUCACAAAGGAAAGGACUGGACGAUACGAGGAGUGUUACAUCAUACCAGACCUUACCGAGAAACAUGCCCAGUCACCGUGCCCAGAUUGUGCCCCGCUACCCUGAGGGGUAUCGCACGUUGCCCCGCAACAGCAUGAUGAGGCCCGACAGCAUUUGCAGUGUGGCAGGCUUGGUAUAUGACCGGGCCCUCCGUCCAGCCUCCACCUCUGCUGUCACCACAGCAGAGAAGAGGAGGUCAAUGAGGGAUGACACUAUGUGGCAGCUGUACGAGUGGCAGCAGAGGCAGGCCUUCUCCAGGCAAAGUUUGGCUCAACCAACAGCUGUGAGUCAUUACGGCACGCUUCCCAGCAUAAAGACCAUGGGCAACAUCUCCGAACAUGUGGCGCACUCCAUUCCCACUUCUCCAUCUCAUGGCUCCCUGGCUCUGUGUAGCACCUUCUCCCCUCCUCACCAGCAGGUCACUCAAAACCCUAACAGCUCCCACUCUGAGGUUUCCUCGCCCAUAUUCAAGGGAGACACGACUCUCGAUCGCCGGCACAGGACACAGCUAGCCAAGUAUGGUUACACGCCCGAUCGACGAUCUAUUGCAGCCAGCGUCCCGUCUCAGACCGUCACCCCACAGUCACUGCAAGGCAAGACGCCAGAGGAGCUGACACUGCUGCUCAUCAAGCUCCGCCGACAGCAGGCGGAGCUCAACAGCCUGCGGGAACACACAGUAGCUCAACUAAUGGCCUUGGGUAUGGAAGGGCCCAACGCAAAGACUGAUGUUCUCUCCCAUCACCUCCAGAGGAACCUUGUAUACCUGGAAAGCCAGACGAAGGAGAAUGAGCCUGUAAUCUUCAUGAUUCACACUAUGAUUGAGAACUCUGCACCAAGGCCGCAACUCUACCAGCAAAUCAGUCCAGACGACUACAAAGACAGCUCCUUCAUCCAGCGCACGGAGGAGGCUGACAUAGACACAAAGCUGAGCAGACUGUGUGAGCAGGACAAAGCAGUGAGGAUGCAGGAGGAGAAACUACAGCAGCUGCACAGAGAGAAGCACACUCUGGAGACAGCCCUGCUGUCUGCCAGUCAGGAGCUGAGCGAACAAAGCGGCUCCAAUGCUGCCUCCACGCAGAGCCUGGUCCAACAGAGAGACGUGCUGCAGAAUGGCCUGCUCAGCACCUGCAGGGAGCUGUCCAGAGUCAGCACUGAGCUGGAGCGCUCUUGGAAGGAGUAUGACCGGCUGGAGGCAGAUGUUACUCUGGCCAAGUCCAACCUGCUGGAACAGCUGGAGGCCCUGGGUCGACCACAGACAGAACCUCCAAGUCAGCAGCACAUUCAGAUCCAGAAGGAGCUGUGGAGGAUCCAGGACGUGAUGGAGGCACUGUCAAAAAAUAAACCACAGCGGAGCAUAAACAGCUCAGGUUUUCCUGGUUCAAAGCCACUCUCCAGUCUGCAGAAGAAUGAGCAAGCUCCAGACUACCGGCUGUACAAAAGUGAGCCUGAGCUGACCACAGUGAAGGAGGAAGUGGACGAGGCCAACGGUGAGGACAAGGACAAGACCGAGACCGAAAGUAAAGAAACUGCAUCGUCAAAAGUGUCCCCAUACCCAGUGGGUGUCGUCCCUCCCAGAACCAAAUCCCCAAUGAGCCCUCCCGAGUCCUCCACCAUUGCCUCCUAUGUUACCCUGAGAAAGAUCAAGAAACCUGAAUCCAGAUCUGAUCGUCCCAGAAGUGCUGUGGAUCAGAUAGGCUUUGGCGAGAGGGAGGUGGGCAGAACGAGGAUGAGUGUGGAGGAACAGCUGGAGCGAAUACGAAGGAAUCAGGAGGCCUCGUCGCUCCGUGAGAAGAAGAGGGAAACCCCAUCCCGGUCACCCUCCUUUAGCAGAGACAAUCCAUUUCAUAUCCUGCAGAGUCGGGUCCCGGCAGAGGGCGGGGCCUGUGCAGACACUGUGGAGCUGGAGGCUGCUCUACAGCAGCUGAAGGUGGCUUACAAGGAGCAGAGCAGGAGCAUGGUGGCCAUUGAGGCUGCAGGAACUUGCACAGAGAGAACGCCGACUGCAUCAAAGGAGGUCCACAGAGAAGAGAAGGUGAAAAAUGGCAAAUGUGAGGAAGUCAAUCAGGACAGAGACAUGAACCUGGAGAGUGUGAAGGAGCCACAGGCUGAGAUCAGCAGGACAGAUAAUGAGCUGUGUGAGAGCCAGAGGGUGGUGAUACUGGACCUGGGCAUGGAGCCUCAGCAUGUGGAGAUUGUGAACUUGCAGCCCUUUGAGGAUGAUGAAAGCAGAGAGCAAGAUCUGACCAGCUCACCUACAAACACCACCACUGAGAACAGCUGUAGCUUCCAGACUCCUGAGCCCGAGACUCCCAGCCCAGAGCCCAAGGAUGAAGAGAUGGAUGUGACACAACAGUCCACCAGAGAGAAGAACCUGGAGUCAUACAACCAGCUGACAACAGACAACAAGAAACACAACAACAAUAUGUUGGCAUCACAGACAUUCACUUUGGUGGGGAGUGAUACGUGAGAAUGCCACUUCAACAUCCCCACUGGCAUCCCAUAGAGCUCAGAUGUAGCCAGCCAGCACAGAGCAUGCUCCAUGGCUUCCUGCAUUUACGAUGAAAUAUGUUGACACUACUGUUAUAUGCCUACGCAGAGACUUAGAGGAUGACGAGUUUGCAGACUGACCGACACCGAGACAACCAGCCAUCACAUCCAGAGAGGCAGAUGUUCUGGAUCUUUAGCGCUUGUUAGAUCUGCCCAUACUUAUAUGUUCUUAGGCAAAACAAAGUAUGUCCCCAAACAUUUCUGCAUACACCAGGACUGUAAAAUGGUUUGGAGUAAAAUGAUAUGCUUCAACUGAAAAAUAUUUGAACGAGCCCAGAAACUACAAUAAAUUCUUCUUCAGAGUUCUUAACAGCAAGCACUCAGAGGCCGUUAUUGUUUCCACAAAUGUUGGUAAACUGUGUAAAAUAUUAAAAACAGAAUGCAAGUUCAACUUAAAAAUAUCACUUAUUACAUGUUUAAAUUAAUAUAUUUAAUUGUUUUUAAAAUUACAUGUGAUACCAGCAACAUGUUUCAGAAAGUUGGAACAUGGGGGACGAGUUAUUGUAAGAAUGUUUCGAUGGUCUCAGGAUCAGAGAGGCUCAGUCUGUAUCAGAGUCAGACACAUGGUAAACAAUGUCUGAGCACGACAAAUGUGUUUCAUCAUUAACAUCAUUAAAGGACUGAAAAGAUCCUCUGAGGGAAUCAUGUUUACAGCAUGGCUCCACGUGGCACUGCUGCCUGCCUGCAGUUCAGACCGUAAACCUACUGAAAACAUCUACAGCAGUGAAAUGAAAACUCAACAAUGUGGAGCAGCUAAAGCCCACAGGAACACCAUCAGCUCUGGAGAGCAGAGCCAUCACUCCCCUAAGUCUCCAGAAGCUUAUCGAGUGUUAAGAGGAGUGAACUUGUCCCAGUUUUUCUAAACAUGUUUCAGGCAUCGAAUUCAAUAUAUUCUCCAAAAAAUCUAGUUUCUCUGUUUUAAAAUGAAAUAUGAGCUUUAAAUGAUCAGUGUUUUAAUUCCAUUUUGCACAGUGUCCCAACUUUUUUGGGAAUGAUGUAAACAGGGAGCAGUAAACUGGACUAGGUGACCAAACCAUGCAUCAGUGUGGCCUAACAGCUUAAUAGGAAACAGGGGGAGCCCCUCGUUUUCUGUUUUAAUAAAAAGGAAAAGUUGCUGUCUUGUAGGGCUUUUCCACAGAGAACGAAGCCCCUGCUCUUGGGUAGGUUUGGUUUCACCUGGAAAAGGGUUUAGACCUCACAGGGUUAACGGACACACCUACAGAAGGAACCACGAGAUGGAUCGUGUCCAAGAUAGUCACUGCAGAACCAUCAUCUUAUAACACAUGGCUCCUUUCUGACCUCAGUACAGCCAAUCUUAGCAGGAAGUGGUUGUGAAUGGCAGCUCUUCAGAAGAUGAUCCCUCUAAUCUAGAGUGAUGCAGUGUAAGGCAGACAGUCUGCCUUACACUGCAUCUCAAAAUCAGACAAGCUUCUGAUUUUGAGUUAGAAAACUGAACUGUUUCUUUGGCAGGCUGGCUGAGCUCAGGCUACAUGAUACUGUUGCACUGGUCACUGUGUCAGAUUAGCCAAUCACAGAGACAGGAAACUGCCUGUUCACGGUCACCUGUGUUUGGGAGUGAGGGUGAAAAUGAAGGAGAUCCUUCCAGGUUACUGAUGUUCAAACCUUCGCCCAUGUUUGAGCCUGUUUAGCUUUGCAGUAGCUGAAUAUAAACUCAGAUUAUUCACCUUCAUUUGUUAAAUGAUACUUGGAUAUUUAUCUGAUGAGGGUGAAUAACAUGAAACAUUCAGGAAACCUCAUCUAUUGACUGUAUUGCCUUUGAUUUUUCACCGCUGUGACCGAAUGUCGAUGGUUUUUCUCCAAAAUGCCAUGAAAGAAUAUUUGUGUGUAUUUCUGGGCAGAACAUGAAACUAAACCAUUGUACAGUCUUAAAGUUUUAUGUGUGACUUGUUUUGGACCUAAUGUAGCCCCAUAAACCUGUGUUGCCAAAUACAUAUAAAUACACAUUAAUAUACAGAUCUUUUGCUACCUUACUAUGUACUAAAGUCAUCCUAACAUAAUAAUUAUUCAAUAAUUAAUAUGGGAUGUUAGCUGUUCCUGUGUUGCUAGCGGUGAGUGUACAGCUGUAAAUACGAGCACCUGAAGUGUGAGCGCAGACGGGCGAAGCACCAACAUACACAUGCAGUGCUUUACUUUAACCCUCAGUGGCUGCUGAUCCAUGCUGAUUGUAACCUGCUCCCAUCAGGAUUCUGAGUUUCUUCUGUUUCCAACUUUUACACCUGCUACAUAACAGAUUGUCCUUCAUUUUAAUAUACGUAUAUAAAUGAUAUAAUAUAUGAACAUAAAGCUGAUUUUUUUACUUCAACAAGGUGCCACUUCAUACUGCUGCUUUUCCUCUUUUUGACAAAGUAUCUUACUUGUGGUUAUUUAUAUGGAGCAGAUGGUUCCUGAUGUCCCCUCAGAGCCACACACAGUGUGUGAAUGAGUUGAGUUUGCGGUCUGCUUUCUGUUUGUGCGUCUUUUUGAUUUUCCUCGCUUUGGUUUACAUUAGUUAGAAAAUGCACAUUAAAAGGAUCCUUAGUUUGAAUCUGUCCUAAGUGGUGAAAAAUCAGAGAAUAGCACAUGUACAAAGCAAUAAGCAGGUCUUUGAAGCCCCAGGUCAUUAAAAUAAAAUUAAGAGAUGUAUAAACUGUAAAAAAAAAUAAAAAAAAAUAAACCAAAACAAAAACCAGACAAAAUAGCAUAAUUUAUGUAUACACUGAAAAGAAGAGUGACUAUUAUAACUAUAAGAAGGUAUUCUUAAUAUUAGAGUCAAUAUGCAAAAAGUUCAUA